AUGGUCAACAGCCUUAUUGGGAAUAUAAUCAAACUUCGUGUCCAUGUUCAACGUAUUGUCUGUGUUGUAUUUAUAGUUGUGUUACUUACAGACUGUAUCCGUGGUCUCAGUUUAUUCUCUAGCGACGAGGAGUGCAAGAAAUGUAAUAUGGAGAACCGUGAAUUGGCUGAAAUAUUUGAAAGGAAAGAGAUACAGAAUGUAAGACGAAAGUGUGUGUACGUGAAGCAAUUUCUGCGUUGUGCUGAACCGUUACAGGGAAAGUGUCGACAGAACUUAAAUUUCCAAGGAGCAUUGACUUUAAUGCGUUCCUUUAGGGACGAACAAAACUGUUCUAGUAUGAAUAUUACUUGGGAUGAAGCGCACAUGUUUCUAAAGUCAGGUCAGCAUACAACGAAAGAGAGACAAUGUAGAAGACCAACUUUUAAACCGGUCUAUAAAAUAUGUGGUUUGUUUGGCGACCCGCAUUUAAGAACUUUUUCAGACAAAAGACAUACAUGUUCUGUCCCCGGCGCUUGGCCGUUGUUUGCCAACAGAUAUCUGACUGUACAAGUGACAAAUAUACCGCUAGAGAACAGUUCAAGAGCUACAGCAACCAGCAAGGUAUGUUUCACUCAUUUUGAGUCAAUAUUUAGCUUAAUAAAGGAUAGAAUCCAUUUCAUUGUAGUAAAUAUAGGAUUAUAGUCACAAUAUUUAAGGGUCUAAUUAGAUAUCAACAGCUCAGAAUAGGAUAACUCAUGAGGAAAUAGCUCGAAAGGAACAGAAUCAUGUUUCCAUGACUUCUAUUCCAAACCGAUUUAAAUAAUUGCUGGUUAUAAAUCUAAACAUCGGUCAUCAUUCGAACCUUAAUGUAACAAAUAUAGAAUUAAAGUAACAAAUAUUCGUAUAGCUCUAAUUGAAUAUCGAAUAAGUUAGGUUGUUCUAAUUGAAUAUCAGAAUCUUAGAACAUACAAUAUAAAGCGCUAAAUAUUUUCCUUCGAUAUUUGUUUGCCACACACGGUUUUAUCUGUCGUUACAAAUAUCUUGAAUAUAUUAUGGCAAGCUUGGCGGGUGACUUGGUUGAAAAGCCGACAAUCUGCCAUCUGAUUUGAGAUAUCUAUGUGGUUUGUGUCCAUGAGCUCGAUGUUCUCAUUGUGUAUCAUUUGUUUACUGUUUUAUCUGAUGUGCAAUUAGAAUGAUUAUCGUUCUAAUCUGCUUGAUUAAUACCCUCUUUUAUUCUUCCCUUUCAUUGUGUUUGCAUGAAGAUGAAGGAUUUUGCUUAGAUAUUCAUUGCAUCUCAUUGUUUGCCGCACGCAGCUUGUGACCGCGCUUAUCUUCAGAUCUACGAUAUAAACCUUGAUACACUCUGGGUUUUGCACACGCGCAACAUGGAAUAUACAAACAUAUUUGUACUUGGAUUUCAUUGUUUUUCCUAAGCAAAGAUUAGAUGAAGAUAACUAAGGUUAUAUCUGAACUAAAGCCAAUAUUAAACGGAAACUUCAUCUACUAGGUUUAAUAUAUACCUAUAUAUUACUGAUUGAGAAAAGUGCAUAUCAGCAUAUAUUACGGCAAUCUAACAUCGGCAUAACUCAUCUAACAGCCUUACUAACUAAUAUAUUGAUCGCACAAGCCUAUAGCUGCGUUUCUAUUUGUAACUACACUUUCAAGCCCGAGUGUACAGAUUACAUAAUACGAUACGAAACGUUGAGUUCUUCCGCUUGAUUGUAAAGGUGAAAGAUAUACGUUCAUUAUGAAAUUGCAAAGAAAAGCGAAAUGUUCGUUGUCUCGAAAGGGAUUAACUCGCAUAUUCACUUACAUAGAUUUCUGUUUUAAAAUAUACUCUCAAGGUCUCAUUGACCGUCUGUUGAUUCAGUGACAAUAUAAAAUAUGAGUUAUAAUAUCUGAUAAAUCGACUCGUAUUUCAGCUUCAUACAUAUUUUUACUGUUAAUAGUUCACACACUAUUGAUAAGGCGAGUACAAGGUGUAAAAUAUAGGUGUAAGGUGUAAAAUAUAUUGGUAGGUUUGUUAAUCAUAACAAUAUGGAAGUCAGAUGAAAAUAAUUAAACACACUUUAGCAGCUGUAUUCCCAACACACAUGAGGUCUGAAGAAAUACAAUUGUACUCGUUUAUAGAAUUAUAGCUAGCUACACACUUGAACAUUUCAGUUCAUGUCAAUUUAAUGUUGUCUAGCUCAACAUUCAAAGUCUAUUUGACGUCCCCGAUCAACUGAGAUUGCUAAUUCCUGUUUCCUAAGCAGUUAGCGGCCGUUAGUAGUUUGCGUGUUAUCGUGACAAAGGAAGGAUGUAAUAAAAAGCAAUCAAUCACACUCUUGAAGUGUCUAUAAACUAUAGGAAAUGUGAGAAUUAAUGCAAAGGCGGAGUUCAGUUACACGCGACAUAUUAACAUAUCUCCUGACAUUAUUACUUCUUGCAAUACGCUUCGCUGCCCCACAUGCGCGCUGAGUAUUUUCCACUUCUGUUUAGAAGAGCGCAUUGUCGCGCGGUUUUGCAACCAGAUAUUUCUCAAGAUGAUGUAUACUGGUUACUAGAUUGGAAUGCUUUAAGACCUAGAAAAUUAAAGCGCUUUAUCCUUUUGAAAAACAUACAUUAAAGCUGAGUAAAUUUCUUCCUAUACAGUGUAGGAUAGUUGCUAAUAAGGUUUAUACUGCAUUCGCUAGCAAUUCUGACUAUGUGUCUGAGUAAACCGAGUGAUCAUACAUGAUUUUCAGACAUGUUACUCUUAGAAUUCUAGAACUUCAGUUCUAUAUUUGAGAUAAGUCUAUACAAUGUAAGAUAAUACUUGUAACCCUUGAACAGAGACAUACGGGUCAGACAAACAUGUCAGCUGUAUAUUAAACAGUCUCAUUUUAAAUAAGGAUGAACAAAAUUCAGCAUGCACUGGUGGCACAAAGCGCGCAAUCUAGUAAUCAAUGAUACUAUAUGCUACUAUGGUAUUCACGAGUUAUGUACAUGUCUUGCUCAGCUGCAGUUGUUACAGACAUAUGCAUUGACACAUUGACUAAUUGUACUAUAUUAAUUUCUUUAUGUUGAAUUAAUCAUGUACACAUGUCAACUUGCGAGCAAAAUUUAGGGGUCUAGGUCAAAGAUGAAAUCUCGGGUGAAAUGACAAAACUAAGUAAAAUGAGAAGAUCUUGAGCGGUCUGACUUAACCUUUUCUUUAGGAUUUUCGUCCUGUACCAGUUUAGGUAGUGUCAAUAUUUCAAUAAUAAGAAAGCUUCCGAUUGAUAGGGAUACAACUACCUGAAAAAUACAAGGAGGACUUCGGCUUUCCAAGCAAAGGCACUUUGUUGGGAAGUUAUACGAAGGGCCUUCCAGAUGAAGAGCCUUCGCUCGAAACGUCGAAGUUCUCCUUGUAUUUUUCAGGUAGUUGUAUCCCUAUCAAUCGGAAGCUCUCUUAACAUGAAAGGAGCUGCGGUUUUUCCCAUGGAACGUGCUAGACUUUAAAGUGUUGAAUUUAACACUCUGUAGAAGUGUGAAUUUGAUACAUUAUUACAUGGUCUACUAGAACAUUGCACCAAUAACUGGAGGCCCUUACUGGAGAGCGAGAGAAUAGAGGAGAGGUGAUAUCCUGAACAUAGACAGAACAUAAAAGAUUUACUUGAAGUAAGGGGCGGACCAUUAGAAAUCCCGGGAGGGGGGGGGGGUAUAAAAUUUUUGCGGCACGAAUUUUUUUUUCAGUCGCGUGUCUCGGCAGGAAUUUGUUUUAAUGCAUUUAACCUCUGCACGAAUUUUUUUUCAAGACUAUUUCUACUUCGCUGUUUGCUUGCACGAAUUUUUUUUCUCUGACGUAAUGGCUGCACGAAUUUUUUUUCCAGGCAUUUUCCUUUGCACGAAUUUUUUUUUUUGAAUUUUCACCCCCCUCCCGGGAUUUCUAAUGGUCCGCCCCUAACAACAAGUUAACCUCCUGCAUUUACUACUUUAGCUAGUAACACUUACUGAUCUAUACCCAAGGGUAACCAAGGGUUUUUUUUAUGCUAAUCCUCGUAAGGUCUUUGUAUCCUAAGAAGUUUAUUCAUUUUUUUGCUAAUCCUCGACAUUCCUUUCUUACAGGUAACAGUUAUUGUGAGAGGUUUGAAACGCAAAUGCAUUAAGGAGAAAAUGUACCAAGCAAGGAGCUUCUCUUUACCAACACAUUUCUCAGACGGGACAAAAAGUAGUGGAGACAAAGACUGCCCAACUACUGUCACACAACUCAAAAAAAGACGGCGAGUUAUGAUUGACAUUUGUCCUUUGAAGACCAAAAUAAUUAUAAGACAAGUUGGGAAAUAUUUAACUGUACAUAUGCGUGUACCAAAGGACUUGACGCGACGGAAGACUAUUGGGCUCUGCCAACGUGGCUGUCCCAGAAUUGAGCAAAUGAAUCUGGAUAAAAUGAAUCGAAUUGAUAAAGUGAUUGCGUCGUUCUACAAAGAGGAUAAACUCAGUAAACGGGUGAAGAGACAGAGACAAGAAAGAGCUCGCAGGAUGUGUGCAGCGGCAAAGGUGACAGGCUUUUAUUACAAGUCGUGUUUAUUCGAUAUGUUGACCAGCGAUGAUGCAACCUUCGUCAAAGCAGCACGAAAGGCUAUGAAAGAUUUCAGGACUAUAAAUAAGGAUGACGAAGGCAGGCCUAUCGUGAACGAAACAGCAAGAGAUUUUUUGAAAGGGCUAACCAAAGCAAGAACUACGGUUCAAACUGUUGGUACUACCACCUUGGUACCUAGUUCAUCAGGAUAUUCAGUACAUAAGAGUAGUUUGUCAGUGACACUGAUAAUGUUGGUGGCGUUAUUGCAAGUGUGGCGAUGA